AUGCCUCGAAGGAACGGGAACGGGGCGACCUCACAAUACGUUCUACCGGUUUGCUUUGAAAGUCUUGGCUCCUUCCUGGAUUUUCACCUAACACGACCCAACACGUACGCUCUUUUUCCUUGGGUUGGUGAACGAGUGCUGGCACCUGGAACAUCAACUGGUAGCACUGCAACGACAUUCGCGGGCAUGAACUACGUCGACGCGCAUCUUCAUGACAACUUGGGAUUAUUGUCCUCCAGGUUGUGGAGACCGGAGGAGGAGCACACAUGGCUCCGCAGCUCGACACUACUUCCUUCAAAUGUGACCCGCUCCUCUCCCCUAGCCAACACCAUCAUAGGCCUGUACGGGUUCAAUGUCGCGUCUUCCUCGCUUUUCAUUUCAACGGACUCAAUCAACCAGCUACUACUGCUCAAGCGCUCGCAGUCAGUCUUCACCCAUGCCUGCCGUGUAAAGCGUGUUCCGAGCGUUAAGCCCCUCCCUUUCACCAAAACCACCAUGUCUGCCGCGAGGGGUAGCUCAACGGGAAGCCCUAGCAUUGAGAUUACAGAAAUCCGCGUUUCAUCCCAGCACAUCCUCAAAUCGGUCCAACUUUCGAUUGGAUCGUUCGAGCGGGAAUCAUCUUGUCUCCUGAAUGCAAAGACCCACAACUUUGAGUUGUCAUCCCCCUGUCAACUUUCGCCUUCAGAGUCCCUCUAUCUGCAAGUCCGAUUCCGCGGAUUGUUUCGUGCUGCGUCGAAGAGCAAGAUACCUCUCGAUGAACUGCUAAGCAAGGUCGGCCCCCACUUCUCCGGAAAACAAGGACUUUCUACUCUAGAAUGGUCAAAAUCAUUUGACAAGUUCGAUGUCGUCCUGAAGUUUAGCCAAUACGCAGGCGUGUGUGCACUUCUUCCUCAAACCCAAAAGCGUCCGCCUGAACCUCCGACGAGUGGCCACCUACAACCCACAACGGAUGAGUUAUUCAAGUUGGUCGAACGGUUCCGAGUCCUGGUCAUCGGCAAAGUAGCUCUCUUAUACCUCUAUUCUCAGAUAUUAGCUUACAGUUUGUUUUUACAGAGUGGUGUAGGGAAAUCUUCCCUUAUCAACGAAUGCUUCGGUGUCAAGGAUGCUGUGAGGUCAUUUCCCCGUCUUCUCAAGAUCCGCUCCUAA